AUGACCUCUCCCACAGAUGCUGCGCACGUUGUGCCGACGCAUCAGCGAAUAACGUCCUCCAAACAGUGGGUCAUCGACCGCAAAGAACCAGCCAGGCAGAUUAACAUUCGACCCAAGAAUCACACCACAUCCUCACACUCGACUACGCAGUCGGCUGCUGCCGAGCGCGAGUCCCGCAAGAAACAGAAGGAGCUAGAGACUGCCAAGUUACAGAUAGAAUACGACUCCGUUAAGCAGGAAAACGAUAAGUUGAAAAAAGUGAUCCUUCGAUUGAAACAAGAGAUUGACGUCUACGCGGGACUGAUAGACAAUGGACAACAACAACAACAACAACGACUCACCGAGCGAGUGCCGGAUCCCAAAGUUAAAGACUUACUGAUAAAUACGUCCAAGAGAAGGAAAAGAUCGGAACCCACAGUGGUUACGCAACCGGUCCAGGACCAAAGCGAGCCCGUCUCAAAGGACGAUAUAGUUUUAAUGAACACUCUGUCAGACGUACUGGCUCAAAUGGAAUGA